AUGUUGCAAACAAACGAACGGGAGUCUGUUGGUUUGGAGCAGAAUCAAAACGAUAAUGACGUUCAUGAACCUUACUUAAAUGAUGAGCAUGUCUCUGACGUGGAAGUUAGCCACGAGCAAUCUAGCACCUAUGAUUCAGAAGAAGAAAGUGAUGAUGAUAUGCAGUACUACGAGCGUGCCAUUCAAGAAAUUGCCAAGGGCGAUUCGUAUAUUUGUAUGAUUUGUACGGUGGAGAUGGAUUACACUUGUCAGAUGUUUGCCUGUAAGAAAUGUUAUAGAGUAUUCGAUUACGCCUGUAUAAGAGAAUGGGCAUUAAAGUCAACGGAAAAGACCGUGGAUAAGAUAUGGAAAUGUCCAAACUGUUAUCAUAUUGGCAAAAAAGUUCCGACAAGGAACAGGCCGACAUGUUGGUGCGGUAAAGUUGUUAAUCCGGACCACAACCCACUGGAUCCUAACUCAUGUGGACAAACUUGUAAUGCCCCUACUUGCGUUCAUGGCUGUUCCAAGAUUUGUCAUUUAGGGCCGCAUCCAGAAUGUACAAGAAUGGUAGAGAUUAAGUGUCACUGUGGUAAGCAUUCAAAAAGCAUCUUUUGCUAUCAGUCUAAAGCUAUGAAAAAACAUUUUGAUUGUCAAGAAAAUUGUGGACUGCCUCUAUCUUGCGGUAUUCAUAAAUGUAAAAAAAAGUGUCAUUCAGGCUUAUGUGGGCCAUGCCCAGAAUUAAUUAGGAGUGAAGAUAGCGCAAAUGAUUGGAUAAAAUGCUACUGUGGUAUCCAUUCUAAAGAUAGUAUAAAAUGUUCUGAGACAAAAUUUCCAAAAUCCGGUAGAUCUUCAAAGGAUGAAGGUGGAAAUGAGUGGGUAGGUGUGUUUGCUUGUGAGGACAUUAGAACUGUUGACUACGCAUGUCAUAAACAUUCCUUUAUAGAACCUUGCAUAAGCCCUCCUACAGUCAACGGUAAGAAAACCUGCCCGUUUUUACCUAGUAUACUGAAGACAUGCCCCUGUGGUCGGACAGCCCUGGAAGAACUUACCAAGCCUCGUAAACAUUGUACUGAUCCAAUACCGACAUGUAGUUCAAGGUGCUGUAAACCAUUAAAAUGUGGUAAGCAUUCUUGUCCCUUCACUUGCCACGACGGUGCCUGUAUGGAUCCCUGCUUACAAAUUGAUAGCGUCAAAUGUGCAUGUGAGCAAAGCACAUUUUUAGUUCCUUGUGGAUUUCAGGAAAAGCCACAUUGCAAUAUAAAAUGUGAGUCGCUGAUGUCAUGCCGCAGACACAGAUGUAUUGAUAGAUGCUGUAGUGGUAGACCGUCGGCACUAGAAAGAAAGAAGAGAAUAUUUAGAUCGCAGGAUUUGAUGGAUGAAUCUCUUGUGGAAGCGCAACAUAUAUGUUUAAAGCCAUGUAAUCUAACUCUAUCCUGUGGAAGUCAUCAAUGCCAGAGAAAAUGUCAUCCCGGAAAAUGCCCACCUUGUUUGGAAAGUGAUUCGAACGAUUUAGUUUGUCCGUGUGGCAAAACAGUCAUUCCUGCACCCGUUCGUUGUGGCACUAAGCUACCACUAUGUAACCACGCAUGUAUCAAAGUUGUGCGUGGUGAAUCUGAGUGUGGUCACAAGCCAAUGCCACAUACCUGUCAUCCUUUAGACCUAGCUUGUCCACCAUGUACGGAGACUGUUUUCAAACCUUGUAAAUGUGGGAAAAAAGAUAAAGUGAGAACAGUUUGUUUCCAAACAGAUGUAUCAUGUGGUACAACAUGUGGGAAACCAUUGUCCGGCUGUCAUCAUACUUGUCAAAAGACAUGCCAUUUACCAGAAAAUUGCCAAAAGGUCUGCAAGCAAAUCUGUAGACAGAAAAGGCAAAAUUGUGACCACACAUGCCCCAAACCUUGUCAUGGUAAGAGUGAAUGUCCCGAUUUACCUUGCGCCGCACUAGUGAAAAUUACUUGCAGAUGUGGUAGAAUAGAAAAAAAGGUCGCAUGUGGCGCAAAAAGUGAUGCAGCUAGCGUAACAGAAGGAUCUCAGUUAGACUGUAAUGAAGAAUGUGAAGCUUUAAAACGCCUAAAGGAAUUGAGAGAAGCAUUUGGUAUUAGCGAAGUAUCUAAUGAGUCAACAAACAAUGAACUGGAUACUCUAAAAAAGCUAGUAUCUGUUGCUACGACAUUCGAAGAACUUCAGCUGCCAUUCACUGAGACAGUACUAUCAGUAUACGCGAAGCAAGAACGGUGGUGUUUACAAAUCGAGAAUAUCGUCAAUAAGUUAAUGAGCGAUAAAACACGUUCUAGUUUGCAUUUCAAGCCCAUGAGGCCUCCUCAGCGUCAUUUUAUUCGUGAAUUGGCGAAAGCUUAUAACCUAUAUUCUGAAUCUCAAGAUAGAGAGCCCAUGAGAUCUGUAUUUAUUAAAAAGGAAGAUAACAACAAAAGCAGUAGGCCGAUUUUAUCACUGGCAGAAGCUUUCCCACUAUUUGAAUCCUUCAAAGAGUUGCAGAAAGAACGCAAAAUACAAGAAUUUCAAGCACGUACCACAGCGAAACUAAUCAACUUUGAAGUUCAGAAUGCGGAACCAGAAGUAGAGGUGGCCAAGAACAACGGAUUUUUAGUUCACAGCCUGGUGAAAGGAAAUGGUGUCGAUAAUUUAAAGAGAUUCUUCGAACCACAUUUAAAGCAUACGUUAGUAGCUAAACCUCAAUACUUAAUUAUUGAUGACGGCAAGACUGCGCUGGUGUACCCUGAAAACUACGAAGCGGUAUCUGUAAACACUGAACGCGACAUGGAGCUUUUGGUUGGUCAUUUCGACUUUAUGGCCAAAGAGGUUUUCUUGGCCGAUUCUAUUUCCCUGUGCUCGAUUGAUGAAGAGCUUGGGAGAAGACUAGAUUCCCCAGUAGCUCAAGAAGAUAGUCCUGUAAAGGAAGAGAACUAG